AUGAAAGAUGCUCAAAGUAAAAUUGAAGAAUGGAUAGGUUAUUCCCAUAAUUUAUUGGAAAAAUGGAGACAGACACAAAUACCAAAUGAGUAUGCAAGAAUUAUGCAAGAAUUAUUGUGUAUGCAAGAAUUAUGCAAGAAUUAUUGUGUAUGCAAGAAUUAUGAAACAAUUCCGAUCCAUCGGAUAUCAUCAUAUUUAUGUGCAUUGGAUGUACGCAUGCGUGCAUGCAUCUUCAUGCUUCCUUUUUUAUUAGUUAUAAAUAAAACGAUCAAUGAUAAUCAAGAUCAACAGUUAGCAAUAUGA